UUUCUUUUCGGUUUAACCCUCUGCUUCUGCUGCUCUCUCCUUCUUGCUGUCAUCUUUGCCUUGUUCUCGCUGCUUCUGUACGAUUGUUUGUUGUUCUUAAAUAUCCUGAUUUGAGGAGCGUUUCCCGUAUUUUUAGACCUAGGGUUGUGGGUGGUUUCUCCUACACCAUAAAAUUGGUUUCCGAGAUAUGUAGACUUGCCAUCGGGGGUCGAACAUUUCGGGAUUCUUGCGUUUGUUUCCGUUUGGGAUUGACGAAUUUUGGCCGGAUCCGUUUCCUGUUUUCUUCUCUGCUUGAGAGGCGGCUGCCUUUCGGUCGUUGAGCGUCGGCUGUCUUUAGAUCGUUGGGAAAUAAAUUUAAUACAACCGAGUUGUGGUCCUCUGUUAGGAUUUUCUUGGCUAAGAGGGUAUUUUACGUUUUCGUUGCUCGGUAGGUCGAUCACAGAUUUGCGAACAGCUCCGGUGGUCCUGUUAUUUUUUUGGAGAGAUUAGAAAAGUGAUUCGAAUUUGGGAAACUUUAAUGUUGGUUAAAAUUUGUUUAUAAUUUUUGGGAAGGAAUGAGAGGACCUGCUGAAGAAUGUGUUGUGAUUAGUUUUUAUUCAUAUUUUUAACAAAUUGGGCAUGAAUAAUGAAUUGGCAGGUUAACUGUGUGUGUUUAUUAUUUGAAUCGGUACUGUUUGUCUUUCUAUGGUUCUAAAAAUUUUGUACAGGUUGUUUGGCCAUUAUUUGUGCCUCUUGAUUCUGUUGUGUUUGCCUAGGCUUCAACAUAAAAUAUGUUUGGUUGGGAAAGUAUUGGUGAGAUAAAAGAUUAUCAACAGAUUAUCCAGGUUGUUUCUUCUAGUAAAACCUAUAACUAAAAGGACAAAUUUGAAAAUAAAAUAUGGCAUUUUGGUUUUAAAAAACAAAAGUUCCAUAUAAAUAAAAUAAAAACAAAUAUGGUGACAUGACUUUUAGUCAAAGCGGCUUGAUUAAAGUUUGAAAAGGAACAAAUGUUUAAUAAAAAGAAGGUAAAAGAUGAGUGAGGGAUUUUACUUAUCUGGUACCCACCAACAAGCAGUUCACAAAUAACGAGUUCGAUACUAAAUUUUACUUUUUUUGUCUCUUAAUUUUUAAGUAUGGUGAAUUUGGUUCGUAUGGUAGGUAAACUAGUUUUUGGUGGGUGAUGCGGGUUAACUUAACUUUUUAAUUACUAUAUGAAUUUUUUAGGUUUACAUACAACUACAUUGAUAUUAAUAAAAGGUGUUUUAGAUGCACGUGUUUCCAAAUUGGAAUGAGUUCGGCAGCAGAUUACGAAAUCUUGAUGAUCUUCUCUAUCUAAUGAAUAGGAAGUCUGCUUUGAAAUCGUCCGUCUUGCACCCCCCAUGGCGGCGCCGCCACGAGUAUAUGCUUCAACAGAAAUCACCCUUCCAUUUAUUGACAGAGAGAAAAUGGCCAUGACCAAUGUCCAAGAAAUGUCUAUGAAUGGUGAGCAGCCACCUGCUGAAUAUAUUGUUAAAGAAAGUAGGUUUGGAUCCAUAGAUUCUUCUCCACCAUUGGCUGAUGAAAUCCCCAUCAUUGAUAUCAGUCUCUUCUCUCCAUCAUCUCCUCAAUAUUCUGAACAAGCAGAAAAUCAUGAGCUACAGAAACUCAGAUCAGCACUCAGCUCGGCAGGAUGCUUCCAGGCAAUAGGCCAUGGGAUUUCGGAUUCACUUCUUGACAAGGUACGUGAAGCAGCAAAACAAUUCUUUGCACUUCCAGUAGAAGAGAAGGAAAAAUACUCCCGCGCGGUUCAUGGUGGAGCCGAAGGAUAUGGGAACGAUGUCGUAGUAUCGGAAAAGCAAGUUCUUGACUGGUCCUAUCGUCUCACUCUCAGGGUCUUCCCAGAAAACCAAAGAAGGCUUCAUCUUUGGCCUCAAAAUCCAAAUGAUUUUGGAGAGAUGUUACAUGAAUAUGCAACGAAGGUAAAGUUGAUGAUGGGUAUUGUGUUCAAGGCAAUGGCAAAGUCGUUGAAUUUGGAAGAUAACAGCUUUGCAAAGCAGCUGUUUGGAGACCAAUCCCUGAUGCAAGCAAGGUUCAACUUCUAUCCUCCGUGCUCGAGAUCUGAACUCGUCCUCGGUGUCAAGCCUCACACGGAUAGGUCCGGCGUGACAUGUCUCUUACAAGACAAGGAUGUGGAAGGCCUUCAAGUUUUGAUAGAUGAAAAAUGGGUUAGAGUCCCCAUUGUUCCUCAUGCUAUCGUUCUUAAUCUUGGUGAUCAGAUGCAGAUCAUGAGUAAUGGUAUUUACAAGAGCCCCAUGCACAGGGUGGUGACAAAUGGAGAGAUUAUGAGGCUAUCAGUUGCUUUGUUCAAUGAACCCGAUCCUGAAACCGAGAUUGGUCCGGUCGAGGACUUGAUCGACGAGACAAGUGCGAGGUUGUACAAAAAUGUCAAGAAUUAUGGUCGUAUUAACUACGAAUGCUAUCAAAGAGGGGAAAUUGCACUCGAAACAGUCAGAUUCUAAUAUUUCUGCACACUAGCUAUCUUAAUUUUCCUGUUUUACGUGAAUCUAAUAUGCUUAUCUUUCGAAACAACAAUUAUUCCAUGGACAAGGGAUAUUAUCUGUUUUUUAAAUCAUGAUAUGGUGUUUACAAUUAUCCUA